AUGGACAUGAAUCUUAUUAACAAUCUUUCACAACUUGAAACAUUUUCUGAUGAAGUCUUUUUCGAAAUAUUUGAUCGUUUAUCACCUAGUGAUCUAUAUAAAACAUUUUAUGGUCUAAAUAUUCGUAUAAAUACAAUUUUAAAUGAUUCUCGUAUGCGCUUUCGUGAUAAUCUCUCAUCUCUUAGUCCAAAACAAUUUCAUUCCUAUGUUAAAAAUGUUCUUCCACAAAUUAUUGAUCGUCUUAUUUCAUUUAAAUUUGGAACAUAUGAUACAGACGAGUAUCAACAAGUCGGCCUUUUCUUACAUAAAUAUUCUAUUGAUUUAAGUCUGUUCAAACACCUUCGUACAUUAGUAAUAAUAAAAAUGACAAUAACAGAUGUUCAAAUUGUUCAAUCAGCACUUGUUCAUCUUAUACAUCUUGUAAAUAUACGCUUUUCAGUUGAUAGUAAUGAUGUUGACACAACAUCUUUUGUUCAUAUUGGUAACGAUUUAUUGGCUGGACCAAAAUUAAAACGUGUUAAAAUGGAUAUGUGUGCUCGAACAACAUUUGAAAAUGUAACGAAAUCAUCUAAUAUUGAACAGCUAUCAAUAGCAUGGUGUGAAAUGCAAGAACUAACACAUUUACUUCAAUAUUCACCAUAUUUAUCUACACUUAAAGCAACAAUAUGUGGAUUAAAUUAUGUUGAUACUUGGACACAAACACUACGUGGAAAUCUUAAUCAAAAAUGUUCUCUACGCUUAAAUUCUCUUAAAUUAGUUAUUGAAUCAAUACGUUUCGAUUAUUUAUUAUUAUUACUUCAUGAAUUAAAGCAAUUACGUGCAUUGUGGUUAUUACUUAAUCAUUAUGAAUAUAUGGAUGUUGAAAAAUGGGAAAAUUUAUUUCAAACAUCUUUAUUACAAUUAGAUCAACUUGAUUUAACAAUUGCAUUAACUAAGCCAUUUUUAUCUGUUAAUACACCUGGACAAUUAAUUAUGUUAUCAACACCACAUAUAGCAUGUGCAAGAUUUAACACAAAAUUUUGGCUUGAUCGUGGUUGGCGUGCAAAACUUGAUGAAUAUGAUCAUUGUGUACGAUUGACUGUAUCAAAUAAUGCAGUACCUAAAUAA